UUUCAGGUUUACUUAACAUUGAAGAUUAGCUAAAGGCACUGUUGCUAGGCAGACUUCAGGAGGCAACAGAACCUGCAGUUCAGAAGAUAAACACCGGAGGGCACCCCAACACAAGAAAACAGGAACCAUGACUUCUAAGGCAAAAAUUGAGGCCGAAGAACAAAUCAAAGAAGCUGAACACAGGCGACAGAUGGAGAUGAAAGAAAAGGAAGAAAGCAUCAAACUGGCAGCCUUCCAAAGAGAACAGGCAGCCCAAGAGGCAGCACACAAAAGAAAACUAGAAGAAGAAGAAGUGGCCUACCGAAGGAAACAAGCAGAAGAAGAGGCGGCCCACCGCCGAGACAUGGAAAAACACCAAAAAGAAAUGGAAAAACACCAAAAAGAAAUGGAAAAACAACAAAAAGAGAAUGAAAAGAAGGAAAAACAGAGAAAACAUGAACUGGAGAUGGCAAAAGCUGGGCUGCAUGUGCCAGCCAACCCUAACAACCCGGCGCCAAUUAUUGCUCCACAGCACAGGAAAUUUCCCACCUACAAGGCAGGUGAUGACACCGAGGCCUUCUUGGAAAAUUUUGAAAGAGCCUGUCUUGGGUACAGCAUCCCCGAAGACCAGUACAUGGUAGAAUUAAGGCCACAGCUCAGUGGACCUUUAGCAGAGGUGGCAGCUGAAAUGCCUAAGCAGCAAAUGAAUGACUAUAAACUUUUUCAAACCAAGGCCAGAUACAGAAUGGGGAUAACCCCAGAUCAUGCCCGUCGGCGCUUCAGAACCCAAGAGUGGAAACCAGAGGUGUCAUUUCCCAAACACGCCUACUACAUUGCAAAAAACUAUGAGGCCUGGAUAACAGGAAACAACGUUCAAACCUUGGAAGAACUGCACCUCCUCAUCCAAAUGGAGCAGUUCUUGGAUGGUGUUCCUGAAGACAUCACACGGUACAUACAAGAUGGAAAACCCAAAGAUAUCGCUGAGGCGGGGGAGAUUGGAGCCAAAUGGAUGGAACUGGCAGAAAGCAAGAAAGCUACUGUCAAGGGGAACGAUUACCCCAGGGGGCACACAGACCAUAAACCCUACAACCGAGGACAGCCAAAGACCCCACAUACCACCCAAGUAAAGCCACAGACACCCUACCCUUCCACCUCACCAGUCUCCAGUAACUCACCUCGGCCCAGUGACCCAUCAGAUGGAAGAUGCUUUAAGUGUAAUGAACUGGGACAUAUCAAGGCCAACUGUCCAAAGAACACCAUGCGAGUGCAAUUCAUUACACCACCAUCACACCAAAGAUCCCCAGGCCCAGAUGCCUCUCAAAUACCCUUGGAGCGAAGGGAAAAUUUGAGAGUGGGCGGAAAGAAGGUUACUGCGUGGAGAGACACGGGGGCACAAGUGUCAGCUAUCCACCAAUCCUUCGUCGACCCCAAAUUCAUCAACCCAAAGGCCAAAGUGACAAUUUACCCCUUCAUGUCACAAGCUGUAGACUUGCCUACAGCUCAACUGCCUGUCCAGUACAAAGGCUGGUCAGGAAUGUGGACUUUUGCAGUCUAUGACAAUUAUCCUAUCCCCAUGCUACUGGGGGAAGACUUGGCCAACCAGGUGAGGCGGGCCAAGAGAGUGGGAAUGGUUACACGUAGCCAAACCAGACAAGCUUCCAGACCCAUUCCUGUUCCUGAGCCGUCCACAGAGGCCCCGUCUGUGUUACCAGAGACCCAGACAGAGGUAGUGGACCCGGAUUCCAUGCCUACCACUGAAACAGCCACAGCAUCUCCAGUCCCAGGCCCGGAACUGGAACAGCAACCAGCACCAGCAAUUGCAACCCCAGCUUCAAACUCAACGCCAGAGGGCGCCAGCGAGCCAAAACUGGCAGAAGCAACAGACAGCCAUACCCAAAAGGCUCAGCCAGAGCCUGAAAUAACCUCAGGUGCACCAGUGGAGAGCGGUUCACCAGCAACGGAAACAACCCCAUCACCUACAUCGCUUCCAGAGGGACCAAGCCCAAGUCCACAGUCUGAGGAAGAACUGGUGACCCCAGCCUCAAGGGAACAGUUCCAGACUGAGCAGGAAGCAGAUGACAGCCUUCAGAAAGCUUGGGCGGCGGCACGGAGCACCCCACCGCCUCUCAGCUCUUCUAAUCGAUCCCGGUUUGUUAUAGACCAAGGACUUUUAUACAAGGAAAUUCUUUCUGGUGGACACCGGGAAGAAUGGCAGCCGCAAAAACAGUUGGUGGUUCCAACUAAGUACCGGGGGAAGCUCUUAAGCUUAGCCCAUGAUCAUCCCAGUGGCCAUGCUGGGGUGAACAGAACCAAAGACCGGUUGGGGAAGUCCUUCCACUGGGAGGGGAUGGGCAAGGACGUUGCCAAGUAUGUCCGGUCUUGUGAGGUAUGCCAAAGAGUGGGAAAGCCUCAAGACCAGGUCAAGGCCCCUCUCCAGCCACUCCCCAUAAUUGAGGUCCCAUUUCAGCGAGUAGCUGUGGAUAUUCUGGGCCCUUUCCCAAAAAAGACGCCCAGAGGAAAGCAGUACGUACUGACUUUAGUGGACUUUGCUACCCGAUGGCCAGAAGCAGUAGCUCUAGGCAACACCAGGGCUAACACUGUGUGCCUGGCCCUAACAGACAUCUUUGCCAGGGUAGGUUGGCCCUCCGACAUCCUUACAGAUUCAGGGUCUAAUUUCCUGGCAGGGACCAUGGAAAAACUGUGGGAAACUCAUGGGGUGAAUCACUUGGUUGCCACCCCGUACCACCAUCAAACCAAUGGCCUGGUGGAAAGGUUCAAUGGAACUUUGGGGGCCAUGAUACGAAAAUUCAUCAACGAAUUCUCCAAUAAUUGGGACCUAGUGUUGCAGCAGUUGCUGUUUGCCUACAGGGCUGUACCACAUCCCAGUUUAGGGUUUUCACCAUUUGAACUUGUGUAUGGUCACGAGGUUAAGGGGCCAUUACAGUUGGUGAAGCAGCAAUGGGAGGGGUUUACGCCUUCUCCAGGAACUAACAUUCUGGACUUUGUAAGCAACCUACAAAGCACCCUCCGACACUCUUUAGCCCUUGCUAGAGAGAACCUAAAGGAUGCUCAAGAAGAGCAAAAGGCCUGGUAUGACAGACAUGCCAGAGAACGUUCCUUCAAGGUAGGAGACCAGGUUAUGGUCUUGAAGGCGCAACAGGCCCAUAAGAUGGAAGCAUCAUGGGAAGGGCCAUUCACGGUCCAAGAGCGCCUGGGAGCUGUAAACUACCUCAUAGCAUUUCCCAAUUCCUCACUAAAGCCUAAAGUGUACCAUGUUAAUUCUCUCAAGCCUUUCUAUUCCAGAGACUUAGAAUGUAUAUGA